AUGGGCAAGUCUAAAAAAAAGGCGCGCAUCGCCAACUAUCUUCACCAUGAUAGGCCUAAAAGUAAAAGCUCAGCAACCACCGCCACUGCAGGCAGUGGGUCUAGGAAAAUGAAGAGUUUCUCGAGAGUUUCGACGCCUGCUACUAUGUCUAGAGGCGGGAAGGGGAAGAAGAGUGGUGAGAAUGGAAAUGUGUCCUCCAGGGUGAAACUUAUAGCACCGAAUCGGGAUGCGAUGAUGCUGUUUCAGAAGGAGGAUAGGAUUUUGCUGGUUGGGGAAGGAGAUUUCUCAUUUGCCCUUUGCCUCGCUACACAUCAUGGCUGCAAAAACUUGCUAGCCACCAGUUACGACUCUGAACAGACACUGUAUGAGAAAUACCCGCAAGCAAAACUGCACAUCAAAAUGCUACGUGCGAGAGUUUCGGAGACACCGUCGUCUCCGAAGGGUUUGAAACGGAAGAGGGACGAGAAUGAGAGCUUUGGGGCUGAAAGUGGAAAUGACUACGAGGAAGAGGUGGGGGAGAAGGACGGCAAUCAGGAUGAUCAGGUAGGCAGAAACCUGCGAAAAGAUCAUCCUCGACACCAAAAUCAGGGGCCAAAAGUACUUUUCUCAAUCGACGCCCGCAAGCUAGGCUCUGGUCCUGCUGGUGGUGGCAAAACGAUUCGCAAUGGAUUCCCUCGCAUUGCUGCUCCCCCCUCGUCCGGUAAAACUAAAAGGGAUCAUAAAUCGAAAGAUGCUACUACUCACCACAGCCUCGCACAUCAAAAGCAGAAAAAGCAGACCGGUAGCCACAGCAGCGGUGGUCCUUGGGACAUAAUCUGCUUCAACUUCCCCCACGUCGGUGGCAUAAGCACAGAUGUAAAUCGCCAGGUACGCGCGAACCAGGAACUACUUGUCUCUUUCUUCAAAGCAUGCGUGCCACUUCUUUCUGAACCUGUUGUGCCAACCCCAUCACAGACGAACGCGGAUGAGAAUGAACAUGAAUACACGGACGAGGAGGACUGGCCUAACUCCGGCUCUAGCGAUGACUAUGGGGGCAGGGAAGAGAAACCCCUACCUCCUACAACCCCAGGCCAAAUCCUCAUCACCCUCUUCGAAGGCGAGCCCUAUACUCUUUGGAACAUCCGUGAUCUAGCACGCCACACGGGCUUGCGUGUUGUCACUAGUUUCCGGUUUCCAUGGACUAGUUACCCGGGUUACUCACAUGCGCGCACGGUAGGGGAAAUUGAGAAGCGGAAUGGGGGUAAAGGGAGAGGUGGGUGGAGAGGUGAGGAUAGGGAAGCUAGGAUGUUUGUCUUCGAGAAGAAGGGAGCUGAGUUGAAAGCUGCUGCUGCUGCUUCUGGGAAGAAAGUUGGGAAAGGGAGAAGAGGAGAAAGUAGUGAUGAUGAUAGCGGUUAA